AUGCCCCCCCGCCGCCCCUCGACUUCAACCCCCACCCAAACUCCAAAAAACCCCUUCACUUUGGCCGUAACCUUCGCCAACUCCCUCCUCACCCCCAAAAUCGAAUCCAACCCAGACCCUCUCCAAUCAAUCCGCGACUCAACAAGUCUCUACGGGUUUUACAUGCAAGCAACAAUAGGCGACUACAGACCUCCAUUCCCUUCCGCCAGUAAUUCUUCCAAUAAAGACGUCGGUAUAUACGAAAGAACCGCGUGGUUGAAAUGGAUGAGUCAUAAGGGCAUGUCCAAGACCGAGGCGCAGAAACUUUAUGUUGAGAUGGUGGGGAGGUUGAUGGUUGGGUAUGGGGUUGAGGAUGGAGUUCGUGAGGAUAUUGGGGUUUGA